ACUGAGGAGAGAGAAAUUAAAAAUUAAUGUUCUUUGAAUAAUCAAUGUAUUUAGACUAAAUAUAGACUAGAUACUUUGUUUAUUGAAUGAAUCUAAAACAUUAACUUUCUCUUGUAAGGGAGUGAGUACAAUUAAAGUGAUGAAACAUCUAAGAAAAAUAAAACAAAGAUAAGUAAUAAAAUUCAAUACCUUUAUGAAUUAUGAUCAGCAUGUUGGAAGAGGUCUUAGAAGAAGCAAAUGAGUUUGUUUUAAUGUAUACACAAGACUUUUGUAAUCUAACCCACUUGAUUAGUUCCUAAUGAUAUACAUAUUCAAUUGUUAAAUUUUGUGGUGUACUAUACGACAUGGCUACUCUAUAAAAUCUAGAAAAAGGAGAAGAAAAAAAAGCUUGAAAAGGGAUGGAUGCAUCACUGGAAACAUGCAGCAAAAUAUGGGAUGUAAUCUAUGCAAAGAUCUUCUACUGCAGUCAGCAGUGGACUGAGGGUGGCUAUAGUACCCUCUCCUAGGGUGGUGAAAAUAAAAAAAAGGAAAGAGAAAAAAAAACAUUUAUUUAUUGCAUCUGUUUACACUCACAUGGGACCCCUGAAUUCACAUUCAUCCAUCUCUUUAAAACAGAAAAGCCCCAAAAGCUAUUCAUAUAUAUAUGACUAGAAACCUUCCACAUGAAUCUAUUAAACUCACCUACCACCUUCCACAGCCAUUGCCUUCACGAGCACUUCAUUUCUUCCUCUCCUUUUUCUCAUCCUCCCCUCACCUCAUUCUCACAUGCCUUAGCCUCCAUUUUCCCACCACUUGGCCAAGUUGAAUACAAGGAUUCUUCCUCUCUCACAAAACCAUAACAAAACAAGAUUCUUCUACAUUGGACACACAAAUCAAGCGUUAAGGUUCUGUUUGUAUAUAUAAAAAAUCUUGUUCACUAUUUCACAAAUCACUUCAAGCUCAAACCUUUCCUCCAAACCCAUUUCACCCAUUUAACCAUACUUCACUUGCAAAUGCUGAGCCAGCACGAUUCAGUAAACUCGUCCACCAACACACUGAGUCAACUAGCACAGAACAUGUUUUCCGACGAAAACAACAGCAACAACAUCAUCAUGCUUGCAGCCAUUGUUUCUCUCUUCCUAGUAAUCCUCUUCGUCCUCCUUCUCCAUGUCUACGCCAAAUGCUUCCUAGCUCAGUCCAACUCACAGUCAAAUCCUCACCGCCAGCAGCCUCCGGUGUCCGACGUUCUAACUCCUUCCAACUUUCACCACCAUUUCAACACCGAAGCCCCACCCUUUACCGGACUCGACCCAACAACAGUUUCGAAGAUUCCCACGUUUGUGUCGGAACAUAAAACAGAGGAAUUAGAAUGUGUGAUAUGUUUGAGUUAUAUUGAAAAGGGAGAGGUUGGAAGAAAGUUACCAAAAUGUGGACACGCUUUUCAUGUUGAAUGCAUUGACAUGUGGUUGAAUUCACAUAGCAAUUGUCCACUAUGUAGAUCUUUGGUUGUUGACGAUGAUUCUCAUGGUGGUGGUGUUGAGAUUGUUAUUGAUAGUCCAAGAAGUUAUGAGAUUAGUGAAAAUGGUUCUGCUUCUGUAUCAGAAACUUCUUUGUCUUUGUUUGGUUUUUCUUUCAAGAGAAUUAUUAGCAAAGUUUUUCUUUCUUCUCAUGUAAAUGAAUUAGAACAUGGUUCACACUAAGGUUAUAUUUUUUAAAUUAUUUUUAUAUAUACAACAGAAAUUAAUCACCAA